GCUAGCUGCGACUCUCCACAGCUCGGUCACUUCAACGCAGUUUGCAUGACAAUUAACAGCUAAGGUCGAACAGGAAGAUCGCAAACUCCCACAAACACACCCAGCUCGUAUCGCUCGUGUUCGUUUGAUCAAGUCACGUGUCGAUACGCGAGGAGAGGAACAGUUAACGCUCACAAACAUUGAGUCAGUGUUGCGCGUUGUGGAGACUUUCAACCAAAAAAAUGUUGACAGACGACCUGUGGACACACAACAACAACAACAACCGGUCAUCUGCACGAUGGACAAUGGUGGUGUGAAGAAGAUAACGUAUAGAAGAGAUGAUCAUUUGAGCAAGUUAGUCUACACUGAAAGCCCUGAGGAGGGAGGUCUGUUGAAAGUGGCUCCUCACAGUGCGCUGUCCAUCCCUUCUGUCGUCCUUCCAUCCAGCCCGUUGAUGCAGCCAGGACAGGUGACCAACGGCCUCAGCAACAGCCCCCUUCCAGAGGAGCUCACAUCCGUCACUGCCACCGCCAGCCCCUUGUGGGAAGACAGAGAGUUCAGGUUUCUGAGCAAAGACAAGAAGCUUCAGCAGCAGCAGUUGCUCCAGACGCAGACUACGUUUGGUCGUCAAACUUUCAGGGAAAAUUUGCCUCAGUUGGAGGCAAGUAUAGCAGAUAUUUCACAGUCCUGCAUGGAUUCACUUAUUGGGGGAUCAGAUCCCAAUUUCUUCCACAUGAAAACAGAGGAUUCCUCCAUGGAUAAAGGAGAGCAGGAUCCCAUUGACCUUGAUAACGCCUUUGAUCACAUUGGGAAAGAUGUGGAUGUGAACCAGAAAUUUUUCAGUGACAACACUUUGGAUCUCCUCCAAGACUUCGAGCUCACCGGGUCCCCCUCAGAUUUUUAUGUUGGGGAUGAUGCGUUUCUCUCCACUCUGACAGAUGAUUCUCUGCUUGGGGACGUUGGCUCAGAGAUCGACGUUAAGCCUGUUGUGGUUGAGAGCAUCAACAGCACCGGGACAGUCUCUGUAGCUCUCAAUGGCAGCAUCAUGACAAGUCCUGAACAGUCCAGUGCUAGCAUAUGCACUGCCUCCUUAAUUCCUACAAUCACUUUGUCUGCAUUGGUAAAGAAAGAAAAAUAUUCUGGCUUCAUUCAGCUCUGCACCCAAGGUGUGAUCAAACAGGAGAACACAUCUGCAGGCCAGAGCUAUUGCCAAAUGAGCAGCACAUCUGCUACAGAUGUGCCCAGCUCCAGCCCCAUGUCCAUCUGUGGGGUCAGCACUUCCGGAGGACCGAGCUACCACUUUGGGGUCAACACCAGCAGCAAUGAAGCUCAGCAGAAGGAUCAGAAGCCAGUGUCAAGCCUGUUUCUCCCAGUGACAACAAUCAGCAGGGCCUGGAACAGAAACCAAGGUGUCGGGAACAACUCUGCAAUGCUCCGGGCCAGUGAGGCGUUCUCAAGCUCUCCCUCUUACCCCACCUGCUUUGCUAGUGCUAACUCCAGACAGGAAGUGAUCACAGCCACAUCCUCAACACAGGGAAAGAACGGGACUCGUAAAAUCUGCCUGGUGUGCUCUGACGAGGCUUCAGGCUGCCACUACGGCGUUCUCACCUGUGGCAGCUGCAAGGUCUUCUUCAAGAGAGCAGUGGAAGGGCAGCAUAAUUACCUGUGUGCUGGGAGGAACGACUGCAUAAUAGACAAGAUCAGGAGGAAGAACUGCCCAGCCUGCCGCUUCCGCAAGUGUCUAAUGGCAGGCAUGAACCUGGAAGCGCGCAAAACCAAGAAGUUGAAGCGUUCAAACCCGAACAACCCGCCCGAGCUGACUCCUCCUCCACCAAUUGAGGCUCGCUCUCUUUUACCCAAGUGCAUGCCUCAACUCAUUCCCACGAUGCUCUCCCUGCUGAAGGCCAUCGAGCCGAACACCAUCUACGCCGGCUACGACAGCACCCUGCCCGACACCUCCACCCGCCUCAUGACCACCCUCAACAGGCUGGGUGGCCGGCAGGUCAUCUCAGCUGUCAAGUGGGCCAAGGCUCUGCCAGGUUUUAGGAACCUGCACCUGGACGACCAGAUGACUCUGCUGCAGUGCUCCUGGCUCUUCCUCAUGUCUUUCGGCCUGGGCUGGAGAUCUUACCAGCAGUGCAACGGCAACAUGCUCUGCUUUGCGCCUGACCUUGUCAUCAACGAGGAUCGGAUGAAGCUGCCCUACAUGGCCGACCAGUGUGAGCAAAUGCUGAAGAUUUCCAGCGAGUUCGUCCGGCUGCAGGUUUCCCAUGACGAGUAUUUGUGCAUGAAGGUCCUGCUGCUGCUCAGCACAGUGCCAAAGGACGGCCUGAAGAGCCAGGCGGUGUUCGAUGAUAUUCGGAUGUCGUACAUCAAGGAGCUAGGGAAAGCCAUCGUGAAGCGCGAGGAGAACUCCAGCCAGAACUGGCAGCGUUUCUAUCAGCUCACCAAGCUGCUCGACUCCAUGCAUGAGAUGGUCGGGGGACUGCUCAGCUUCUGCUUCUACACCUUUGUGAACAAGUCCCUGAGUGUCGAGUUCCCCGAGAUGCUGGCGGAGAUCAUCAGCAACCAGUUACCAAAAUUCAAGGCUGGGAGCGUCAAACCUCUGCUCUUCCACCAGAGAUGACUGUAAGAGACACAAUGCCUUAAAAUCCCACCAAAUCACCCCACCAACCCCCCCGGCCCCCACCCCACCCACCUCGAGGAGCAACGAUGAAAGGAAUGAGGACGCGAGGAGAGGAGCGAAUGAUGUUUGUGAGCGCGAGUAUGCAACUUUGUGUAAUGGCUCACGGGUCUGGAGGGAGAGACUGGAGAUGUUUGUGUAGAAACAAGACCGCGAGCACAGAGGUUUUGUUUUGUUGAGCAGUUUAGGAUGCGUAUAACAAGGAGGAAAUGUUUGUAAGAUAAAAGAUAAUCACAAAGAGAUAUAGGCUAACAUCCACGGUGUCUCAGGUUUCUUACCUUCAAAUCCAGAACAAUAUCUAAGAUAGAUAAACAAAUCUCUAUAUACAGGUUCUGAUAGUAUUUUCUACAUUUUCAAAUUGUAACAGUUUAUACAAUUUUCCAGGUCGUUGUUACCUGGGAUGGUAACAAAGCUUCAUUAAUAUGCUCAUAAGUAGGCUUUUAGACUGUAUGUGGCUCAUUUCGUUUUCAUAGGAGAUUGUAAGAAAUAAGUCAUAUGGGAGGGGUGGAGGCGGGAGGGACUCUUCUGUCAAUCAAAACCAUUCUGUUGAAUUAUUAUUGGACUUGCUUUGUUAAAAGGACGAUUUCUCACACAAGCUGACCUCUUACAGGUUCACACAAGUCUAAUAGAAAAGGGAAAAGAAUAUGUGCCUUUUUUGCUUCAUAAUUCAUCUUAGCCAUUUCUUCCUUCCUGCUCAAGGCGUGCGCUCUUAAACCCACCACGGGAUACCUUCAUCGUAUGUUGAUUGUACUUUUUAUGUUACUGUGUUUAUCGGUUCGAGCGGCAGCUCGGCCCAUCCUCGAUGUGGAGAAGCGGUGAAUACUCGAAGUCUGCCCUCUUUUAUGCGAUACCGCACACUCGACUCCUUAAUUGCGAUUAGAGCACUUUGUACCCUGCUAAAGGCUUUAAAGGACUGAAGAGAGACUGUUAUGCUGUAUCAGUCUUUUGUUCAAUUCCUUUAGAUGGAAGUAACAAAAAAAAACUUUUCUAUAGGAAAUAGCUGGCGUUUAUAUUUAUUUCAGCCCCCACUCCUGCCCCAAAUAGUCUAAUAAUGUUAGAUACCUGUGUCUACCAAUCAGAGAGGGCAUCUUUUGUUAUGUUUGCAAGAUUAUAUUAUGUUUAAUUAAUCCGGAAGACAAGUUUCUGUGUUUGUAACAUUGCUCAAGUUGGUUUGAAAAUAGCCAUCCUUCAUUUUAAAGUUAUUUUUACAGUUUUAAACUAACAAACAUGCAGUCGUCAUUCUGCCACUGAUGAUCCUUUUAUCAACAGUAAAAGGUCGCAAUAAGCAUUUCACUUUAGAUUGUUUUAUAAUUUGAAGCCUUUGCAUAGUUGCUUUGCGGUAUUUGUUAAUCGUUUAUCAUUCUGGGAAAUGCAUUUACUUCUUGUAAGGUAUGCUAAUCUAACUGACACACGUUUUCCAGAAUAUCUUUCCUUCUACAAUUAACGAUUUUUAUGAUAGACAAUUUUUUGGUUCAGACGUUGGCAGAUAAAUUACCCUGUAAACCUCCCACAGCUGCUGAUAACCUUUGACCCUCAUCUUAAGCCUUCUGCUCUUUUAACGCCCUGUAGGGACCUUGUCCAAAUGGCUGUCUUCAGUACAGUUACCUGUCUGUAAGGGAGUCACGCCCCGAUGUUUGGAAGCACUUCGCAUCAGUCACCUCAUGGAGUCAUGUCACCAUGAAAGAUUAGCGUCUCUGACUAGGAAGGCAGGCAAAAUGGAUCCUUUUAUUCUCUGGGAACUAUUUCAGUGCCAAACUCCAGUCUUGUCUGUUUUCAGUGAUGCUGAAAGUUGAUCAGUGUUUGCAUCAGUCGAGGGAAACUAGUUCCAGUAUUGAAGCUUCUAAAUGUGUCCAAUUAUCUGAGCUUCUGUCCGCUGGAUUGAGGUCAUUAUUAAUGAGCUGUAACACAAGGCACUCACAGAUGUGUUGUGUCAUCACACAGAAUCAUGGAGGUCUGUCGGGAUCCCUCUUUGUGUGUUGUACAAGUGGGGAUUUGAAAUAUGACGCAACAUUUUCAUCAGUUGUCAGCUCUGUUUGUCAUGAUGCAUGUGUUUUGAUGUGAAUGUUAACCAAUUAAUUGAAUUAAAAUUAAAAUGCUUUUGACAGAUUAAAGAUGAUGCCCUGCCAGUUUAAUAUAAUUGGAUAAAUAUGUCAAGUGAGCGACUACAAAGUACUCAUUUAAAUAUGGAAAAUGCCAAAUUGUUUUUCUCCUGCUAAACUAUCCUAACUACCAAUAUAAAAACUCAUACAUUGAACCGCUUCCCAUGUUUAGGUUGUUGAAAUGUAAUGUCUGAUUCACACAGUACAUGUCCUGAAUUUUAAAGAACCCCCCAAAACAGUCAGUUUGGAUUCCCAGAAUGUGUCUGCUUCUGUGAUUUAUGGUGUAUUUUUUUGUCGGGAUUAGAAGCCUUUUAUUAAUGUGCUGCCACCGUCGUCAUUCAUUGUAACCCAGGCUCAGAAACAUUUUACCCUCUUCUUUUGUUUUUAAAUGUUCAUUUAAAAGAGUUGAAAACCAUCCUUAUUAACUGCAGAGGGGUUACACAUGGGUUACUUUCACAUUCAGUGUUUCCAAAUAUCUGCUGCUGUUCAAUUAAACAUGUGUAUAUAUAUAUAUAUAUACACACACAUACACACACUUGCCUCUUCUCGCUCAAAAAUGUAUCCUUGCUUACUUGUAUAUUUUUGAGGAGGACAACUGAAUAUGCAAUAGGAACGACAGAUUAUCUGUCACCAUCACAUAACAGGAUGUGGUAGCUUCCUUUUUUCAGUCUUUUUCCAGAAUAAGCUAUUUGCAUACAGGAGAUUCACACUUGGCAUAUCUCUGCAGGCCAGAUUUUCAGGACAAGAAACACUUCAUCAGUAAUCAGUCUCCAUAGACUGCACAGAAAAAGCCUAUUUUAUGUUUGACAACAAGGUGACCAAAGCAAGCACAGACAAGUGAAACGUGCGUGAGCGUAAACUAAGUAGCUCCUGGAAGAAAAAUUUACAGUUCUUUAUUUUUAUUUGAGACACAUUUUUUUACUGUAACGUGACUGCUUUGGUCAAAUUGUUUAAUACUGUAAAUAGGAUAGGAGUCAGUCUUUUUCACACACAAACUGUUUGUGAAAGUAAUCAACCAGCUUGAAUCUAAAAAAGAUUUGCACUACCCAAAUAUUGUUUGAAAAUCUAUUUUGUAUAAAGCAUAUGCAGACAUUAAUUUUUUCAGAAUUAUCAAGGGCAGAUCAUGUACUGGUAUAUGCUUUCUCAACAAACAAACAAAAGGUUUUGAAAAAAUUCUAAUACGUGUAUAUAUAAUCCAUUGUAAAGAAAAUGUGGUGUAUUUGUCUCCAAAUAAGUUUUUCUAUACCUAGCCCUCGGUGUUAUAUUCUCCUGUAGUGUUGUCCUGUUGAUCUUCACCUCAUUGAUUAAAGGUCAAACUGUA